UGCCGGGGUCCUCAGGGGCAGAGGAAGAAGCAGCAGCCUGUCCUGGCCUCUAUGCGGUUGUGGAAGGGGACAGGGUCAGGGAGCCUGGGGCUGGUUCAGGCUGCAGGGUCUUGUGGUGGGAUAGAAAGGCAGGCGCUGCUGCAGCCAUCAUGGAGAGGAGUGGCUGCAUCCCCCUAUGCUGGGCCCGGGGCGCCUGUGUUUAUGCUCAACACCCUCCACUCCCAAAAUAUGACAGACAGCUAGCCCCCACCAAAGGAAGCAUGGCGUCAGCGUACCUGGACCCCAACCUGAACCACCAUGCUGGGUUGGGCGGUGGGGUGUCGAAGCCGGGGACCAUGGACCGCGUGCUCAAGAUCCACCACUACUUGGAGAGCAACAGUGAACCAUCCACCUGGGCCAGCCACAUCCGCCACGGAGACGCCACUGACAUCAGGGGUAUCAUCCAGAAGAUAGCAGACAUCCACAAGGUGAAGUGUGUUUCCUGUCUGGGCCUGCGUCUCAGCCACCUGCGCUCAGGGAACAUCCACUGGCUGCACCCCGACAUGGGGGUGUCCCGCGUCAGAGAGAGGUACGAGCUGCUCCACCCUCAGGACGAGUGGAGGUAUGAGCUACGGAUACGCUACUUGCCAAAAGGAUUCUUGAACCAUUUUUCAGAAGAUAAACCUACACUGAACUACUUCUACCAUCAGGUCAAGAGUGACUACAUGUUGGAGGUAGCUGAUCGAGUCGACCAAGACAUUGCACUUAAAUUGGGCUGCCUUGAAAUCAGGAGAUUUUUUAGGGAAAUGCGAGGAAAUGCCCUGGAUAAGAAAUCAAAUUAUGAAUUACUAGAAAAAGAUGUGGGUUUACGAAGAUUCUUCCCCAAGAGUUUGCUGGGCUCUGUGAAGGCUAAACCACUAAGGAAACUCAUCCAGCAGACCUUCAAACAAUUUGCCAACCUAAACGAUGAACAGAGCAUUCACAAGUUCUUUGAGAUCCUGUCUCCCAUUUACAGAUUUGACAAGGAAUGUUUUAAAUGUGCCCUUGGGGUAAGUAGUUGGAUUAUCUCUGUGGAGCUUGCCAUUGGACCUGAGGAGGGCAUCAGCUACCUGACAGACAAAGGCUCAACUCCGACACAUCUGGCCAACUUCACCCAGGUACAGACCAUCCAGUACUCCAGCACGGAGGACAAGGUGCGCCAGGGGAUGCUGCUGCUCAAUGUGGCUGGAGCCCCUGAGCCUCUGACGGUGACCACAGCGUCUCUGAACACGGCAGAGAACAUGGCGGACCUGAUAGAUGGAUACUGUCGCCUGGUCAACGGAGUCUCCCAGUCCUUCAUCGUCCGCGUUCAAAAGGAGGGAGAGAGAGCGCUACCUUCCAUCCCAAAGUCCACCCCGAAAGUCUCCAACCAUGAGAAGCGUCUGGAUGGGGGGGUCCGGACAAGGGUUGCAUGUGUCUCAGAGACAGACGACUAUGCGGAGAUCAUAGAUGAUGAGGAUACCUACACCAUGCCCUCCAAAUACUAUGGACUAGAGGAAGCCAGGGACUAUGAGAUUCAGAGACAGAGGAUUGAGCUGGGUCGCUGUAUCGGAGAGGGACAGUUCGGGGACGUCCACCAGGGAGUCUACAUGAGCCCGGAAAACCCUGCUCUGUCUGUGGCCAUCAAGACGUGUAAGAACUGCACCUCUGAUAGUGUCAGGGAGAAGUUCUUACAAGAAGCUCUGACCAUGCGUCAGUUUGACCACCCCCACAUAGUGAAGCUGAUUGGAGUGAUCACAGAAAACCCCGUGUGGAUCAUCAUGGAGCUGUGUACACUGGGAGAGCUACGCUCCUUCCUGCAAGUGAGAAAAUACAACCUCGACUUGGCAUCAUUGAUUCUCUAUGCUUUCCAGCUAAGCACAGCACUUUCCUACCUGGAGAGCAAGCGGUUUGUACAUAGGGAUAUAGCUGCCAGGAACGUGCUGGUAUCCUCAGUGGACUGUGUUAAACUGGGAGACUUUGGCUUGUCUCGAUACAUGGAGGACAGCUCCUAUUACAAAGCCUCCAAAGGGAAACUGCCUAUCAAAUGGAUGGCACCUGAGUCUAUUAACUUCAGACGCUUUACCUCAGCCAGUGACGUCUGGAUGUUUGGUGUGUGUAUGUGGGAGAUCCUCAUCUACGGAGUCAAACCCUUCCAGGGGGUGAAGAACAACGAUGUCAUCGGGCGGAUAGAGAACGGAGAGCGUCUGGCCAUGCCCCACAACUGCCCCCCUACCCUGUACAGCCUGAUGACCAAGUGCUGGGCCUACGACCCUAGCAAGAGACCCUGCUUCACAGAGCUCAAAGCCCAGCUCAGUCAGAUAUUGGAGGAGGAGAAGCUCCAGCAGAAGGAGAGGACACGUAUGGAGAUGAGACGUCAGGUCUCUGUGUCCUGGGACUCAGGGGGGUCCGACGAGGCGCCGCCUAAACCCAGCAGACCAGGGUACCCCAGCCCACGCUCCAGUGAGGGGUUCUACCCCAGCCCACAGCACCUGGGGCAGCCCACUCACUACCAGAUGGCAGGAUACCCAGGCCCCCACGGCAUGCCUUCCAUCACCAGUGGGAUGUACCCUCCCCAGGCUUCCCACGAUCCCCACGACACCUGGAACCACCACCGGCAGCAGGACCUCCCCAUGUGGUCCCCCAACAUGGAGGACAGGGGGUCUCUGGACAUGCAGGUGAUGGGUCAGGUUCUGCCCCCCCUCCUGAUGGAGGAACAGCUGAUGAUGCAACAGCAGCAGAUGGAGGAGGACCAGCGGUGGCUGGAGCAUGAGGAACGCUUCCUGAAGCCGGAUUCAAGGAUUUCCAGAGGCAGCAUUGACCGGGACGACGGCAUCCUCCACGGACCAACAGGAAACCAGCACAUAUACCAACCCAUAGGCAAACCAGAACAUGCAGCUCCACCAAAGAAACCCCCCCGUCCUGGAGCCCCCAGUCACCUGGGUAGUCUGGCCAGCCUGAACCCCGUGGACAGCUACAAUGAGGGAGUGAAGCUCCAGCCUCAGGAGAUCAGCCCACCCCCCACUGCCAACCUGGACCGCUCUAAUGACAAGGUCUAUGAGAAUGUCACAGGACUGGUGAAGGCUGUCAUAGAGAUGUCCAGUAAAAUUCAGCCAGCGCCUCCCGAGGAAUACGUGCCAAUGGUCAAGGAUGUGGGUCUGGCACUGAGAACACUCCUGGCCACAGUGGAUGAAACAAUCACGUUACUUCCAGCUAGCACACACAGAGAGGUGGAGAUGGCCCAGAAGCUGUUGAACUCUGACCUGGCGGAGCUGAUCAACAAGAUGAAGCUGGCCCAGCAGUACGUCAUGACCAGCCUGCAGCAGGACUACAAGAAACAGAUGCUGACGGCCGCCCACGCCCUGGCCGUAGACGCCAAGAACCUUCUAGACGUCAUCGACCAGAGCCGGCUCAGGAUGUUGGGCCAGGCCCGGCCGCCACCUCACUAGCGCUGUGGGAGGAGGGUGUGGAGUGUGGGAUGAACUGAGUCAACACAAAGCUUCUGUCUGAAUGACUGUCUGGACAGAUGGAAGCCAUGUGAAGGCAGCCUUGGGUUUGUUCACCUGUUCUGUCAUGUCUAAUCAGUGAUUACUUCAAGGAAGGGAGGAAUGAGGAAGAUUUCACUGUGAAGGAAUUUGAAUGGGAUACUGCUUCUACAGGACCAUCAUAUGGACUGGACUCCAUGUGCAUCACCAGGCAGACUAGCGACCACCUCUGACCCUCACUCCCCAACACACCACUCCUUUUUAUAGACUUGGAAUCUUUGAAGAGUUAUUUUAUUUUAUGCUGCACCGAUUGUGUCGGCUGACUAACUGUGAAUUCCUACAGUCCCAGAUUUCAUCUGAAGAAGAAUCAGGAGGCACACUUCAGAAACUGCUCCCCCCAGAGGACAUAUGGAGGAUGAUGUGGACAACACAACUGAACUGGAACCUCUCUGCUUUAGUAGACAGAACACUGAGCUCCUCACACUACGUCUAACAUGUCUGCUUCAUUGUUAACACUUGUCACAAGCUCAAUAGUGAUUCAUGGAGGAUCACAAACACUGGGAUAUAUUUUGUCUUGGCUCAGUCGGCCAUCUUGUCAAAUAGGAGAAAAUAAAGGAUGAAAUAAAAUGAUGACAAAAAGACAAA